AUGAAGAUGAUGAUGAGGAGGGCUGUAGCCCUGCUGUCCCUGCUCUCUCUGUGUGUCUCUCAGAAGUGGAAGCAGGAGACAUCAGAGUGGGAAAGAGCAGAUAAAAGCCAGACGAAGAUCUGUUCCAACCUGACCCAGGUGCUGGACAACUGGAAGUAUGCCAUCAUGAACCAAGUGAAGGACCUGCUGAUCAACGAUCACGCCUCUGUCCUGCCAGAAUACGUCAGAAUUCAGCCCCUGUCUGAGGCCCUGGGCGAUCUCUACAAACAGUUCAACUCUCUAAAGGAUGAGCUGGGAAGGCUCAGCUCCAAGUUCGACAGGGUGGAGGGCUUCGUAGAUGACCUGCAGGCUGGGAAACUCCCCCGGCCCCCUGUGUGGACCCCUCCUCAACGCCCCGUACGGAGGGUCGCUCCCCGGCCUCCGCUGAGAGCAGAGAUGAAGGCACCGUUUGGAGGAGAGGUGAGGGCACCACCAAGGGCACAGAUAAGGGUACAGAUGAGGACUCCAGACCGGGAAAACGACACGGGUUCAGGAUCCACAGGGACUAGAGGAAGGAGGAUCCCUAGGCCUUAG